AUGGACGGCUACCUGCUGCCACCGCCACCGCCACCGCCAUCCCUGGAGCACGGUUGGCCACAUCAGGCUGAGAACAUGGCCUUGAUCUCUCUGCCUGACGUCCACGUGUGCAACGACUCUGGAAGUCUUGAAUUUGACCUUGGCACUACCGAUGCGUAUCCCACAGCUCCAUCCAUCGAACCACCGAACCCCAGGGUCGACGAGCAAGUCCAUUUGGAAGAUCUCACUUUUGAGCCAGACGAACCGCCCAGGCAGCCUCCAAAACCCUUGCGUUUGAGGAGGCCGAUUAUAUCAUCCACCGUCUGGGAGGGUCUGAAACCAGUCAUCCAAGAUCUGUAUAUUCGUCAACGGCUCAGUCUAGAUGAAGUGCGACAGAGAAUGAAGCUGCAGCAUGAUUUCGAUGCCACCGAGCAAAUGUACAAGAAACGACUACGAGAUUGGGGACUGCGCAAGAACUACACACAGACGCAGAAGCUAGAAGUCAUCCAAAAACUGCGUGAAGCACCAUCCGAGACCUGUGGCUACCCGCCGCUGCAGGUGAACGGCGAGCCUCUCAACGAACGUCGGUUAUGGCGCCCUGUCAUGCAAAAGCGAAAUCGUGUCGUCCUCGCUCUUCGAACUUCUCCAGACUCUAACAAAGAUUCGCGAAAGCGACUUCUGCAAUUCAGACGGACGUCCACGCCACAGCGCCUUCAGCUCCACCUGGGCCGUGAAACCCAGACUGUCGAGGCGUUACUGCGAUAUGCUCAUGUAUAUCAUUCGUGGUAUCCGGCACAGGACCAGAUCAGGGUCCAGUAUGGGUACACUAUGCGGCUCCGCGAAGCUUUCGACAAGCUUAGAGAGGCCGUACUAUUUCUUGUCAGAAACGAUUCCACCGCAUUUUGCCUCAUAAAUCGAAGCUGUUCUCACUUUCGUGCCCUGCUGCAGGCCCAACCAUUCCUAUUGCUGGCAGAACUUGUUACAGUGUUCACAGACUUCCAGCUUGGGCUUGCCGCCAGGGAACAUUGGAAAGUAUGGGAGGCGGUCCUGAAAUUUUUUGCCUCGUUAGCGAAAACAAUCCUGGGGAUGUUGCAUCCCAUUACCAACUUCGUGAUACUUUUCCAGAAGAGUGACCAGGAGCAUCUUCCUUCGUGCUCGAGACUGUAUGCAGAACUCCUUCUUGAUGAAGCGAAAACAGCCCGCGACGCAACGGCCUCCGCGAAAAUCAAACUCGCCGCAGUUGGCCUUUUAGAAGCGUCCGGGCAGUCUGACAAUGCAUUUCGCUUGUGUCGGCUUCUGUGGGAUGAUAUCCACCUCCCUGCUUCUACUCUGACUCAGUUACACACCGGAGUCAUAGGAAAGUUCGUCCGCUUGUCAAGAUAUCGAGGAGAUUACUUGGCGGCUGAGAAAUUACUCAUGCAGAUAUGCAACGGUAAUUUAGCCGUUGGAGAGCCACUUGAAAAAUUCAACAGGAUCUUUGCAUGUACGCAACUGGGAUGGGUGCAUUUUUGGAAAGGGGAACGGGCACAAAGCGAGAAGUACUUUCGACUGGCACUCGAGGAGACUCUGGAAAAUGAGGGCCGCUUCUCCCAGUCGGCCAUUCAGAGUAUCUUAUCUCAAUUAGAGACCGUCCUGUGGAUGUAUGGAAAAGAUGAGGCGCUCGCCCAACUCCGGGUUGAGUAUCAGUCCUUCUGGGCGCCGUUGGACGAUUGGCGGCUCGAUCGGGGUAGUCAAGGGUCGACAGGUUUGCUCAGAGGUCUUGGUUGA